AUGAAGCCCGAGAGCCCCCAUCCCAGCCCCCUACACCCACUAGCGCCUAAAGAUGACAGAGAGAUGAAAGAAGGCACUAACCUGUCUCCAAGGUUCCUCCAGCAAAGGGAGGGAACCACCUGGUACUGGAGUUUGGGGUUGGAGGGACGCCCCUCUUCAAAGGCAGCUGAAGAGUCUCAUCCUCAGUGGCUCUUCCUGUACUUGGCUGAGCCUCCCAAGCUGGGGAGGGGAACUGAGUCCCCCGAGGAUAAGGAGCGGAGGGAGGAGGGGGAGGAGGAGAAGGAGGUCCUACCUGGGGAUGCAGGGUGCCUACUCCAUACGCAUGUCCCUCCUCUCUUUGCCUCAAAAGUCCUGAAGAGCUGCGAGUGUGUGUUGCAGGGCGGAGGCACGGCGGGGCGGUCUCUCUCUGUCGGCUUCCUCUCGUCAGGAUCACCCCUUUCUACUUCUGGAGGGCUAUUCCCGGGCCAGUAUGGGGAUUUUCCUCGCCUCUGGGAUGGAGAGACUCGUCCCCUCGAGGGGUCUCUUCUUUCCCUCCCCUGGGUGGUAAGGGUCUUCUCUCCACCAGGGAGAGAGGUUGCGCCCGUCCCCGCUCCCGCCUCCGCUCCUGGGGUGCCCCCGAGGGUGGGGGUUCGUACUCCCCGCUCUCCCGGGCUGGCCUGGGCAGCAGGGUCCGGGAGGCCGCGGCUCCCGACGCCCGUCACUGGCUACUGUGGCGGCAGCGCCUCCUCGAGUCCCGUCCCGUCCGGGCCGCUCCCUUCGGCGCGUGGGGCUCCCCGCGCUGCCACCUCUCGGGCUCCGGCCAGUCCGGGCUCCCGGGGAGCCAGAAGGCGGACGGCCAGUGUCAGGGCUCGGCUCGGGCUCGGGCUCGGCUCGGCUCCGCUGCAGGCCCCGGCUCCUCCCCGGCCUCCGCGCCGCGCUCCGCGCCCCUCCCCCUCCCCCGCCCGCCGGGCCGCCGCCGCCGCCGCCUCCCGGCGCGGGUUAAGGAGGAGCGGCCGCUCCGGGGAGACGGGGACGCGCGCCGCCGCCCCCGGGCCGCUGCGCUCCUUGCGGCUUGCCAUCCACCGAGAUGCCAGCCCCCUGCUGUCUGUCGGGAGAGUCCCUCGUUCGCACCAAACACUGUCGGUUCCAGCUGAACACUCUAAUUCUGAUUACAACGUGUUUUCAUUUACACAGUGUCUUUUGGUACUCACACGAAACCUAAGGUAGGUAUUAUUAUCCUCAUUUCACAAAUGAGAAGACUGAACCAGAGCCAAGACUGCCAGGCUGCGAAAUAUACCACCUCCACUCUUCCAGCUUCAGGGGACCCGCGGAAAAAGGAGUGGGAGGUAACCGACUAGUGACUGCCGUCAGAUCUAGAGGGGAGAGAAUAACAAACGUACAAACGAGUCGCUUAGAAAUACUUAUCAGACAAAAUUUGAGCUCACAUUUGCACAUCAGAAAAAUUCUAGCUGCUACUUUAAAAGGCAAUCUCGGGAUAAAAGUAGAAGAGAUUCAUAAAGGAAAAGUUCUCUCCAAGGUUUGUAUUUCCUUUACAUAACAUUAUUUUGUUUUAUUAUUUUAAUUUUAUAUCCUCUACCUAUCCUGUUUAUUCUCCCUAAAAAAUAAGACUAGAACUAAGGCUGGGGGACAGAUGAGAAACUGUGGGAAGCGAGGUUGGGAGGCAGGAGGACGUCAUCAUCCAGUUGUUUUGAGGCCCAGACACCCAACAUUUCUGUGCCACCUUAAGAAGCUUUAGCCUCUCCCCUAGCUGAGCAAGCACUCAGCUCCUCCCACUCCCGUGUCAGCCCCGACCCGGGAACGUGGGGAAGGGAGGAGAGACGAACUGAAUGGAAAGAUUGGCGCCAGAGGCUGCAGGGUCUCUCCUUCCCCCUACUCUACCGGCACGGGGAGGAGCGUGUAAAGCACAGGCCAU